AUGUGCUGUAUUAGUAGCUCAGUUCAUCUCCUGCAUCCUCUCUUGGCUUCCUUAUGUACUCCGCCUCUAUCAGCCAUCUUCGCUGACUUUGCUGUUGCAGCCGAUAUCAAUCGUCUAGCUGAUGAAUUAUCUAUCCCCUUUUACAUUGUAUCCACCACUUCAGCUAGAUUUUUUUCGCUUAUGGCUUGUCUUCCUGACUUGAUACUCGAAAGCAAAAGUUUGGAAGACUCUAGCAUUCAGCUUCCGGGUUUAGCUUCGGUGCCAAUUUCAAACCUUACUCCUCCCUUCAUUACUCCAGAUCAUAUUUUCACAGCUCACAUCCGUUUAAAUGCUCAAUUUCUCUCGAAAGCCAAGGGUAUUCUACUUAAUAGCUUUGAUUGGUUUGAGUCUAAAUCAAUUGCUGCAUGGCUAGAUGGACAACCAAAUGAGUCUGUAGUCUAUGUUAGCUUUGGAAGCAGAACAGCAUUGUCAAAGGAACAAAUAAGAGAACUAGGAAAUGGACUGGAGAGAAGUGGAGGCAGAUUUCUUUGGGUAAUAAAGACUACCAAAGUUGACAAAGACGAGAGGGAAGAUCUGCAAGAUUUGCUUGGCAGUUCAUUUCUUGAAAGAACAAAGAAGAAGGGGCUAGUUUGUAAAGGAUGGGUGGAGCAAGAGCAAGUUUUAGCGCAUCCAGCAAUCGGAGGAUUUGUAAGCCAUUGUGGGUGGAAUUCUGUAACUGAAGCAGCUCGAUUUGGGGUGCCUAUACUGGCUUGGCCUCUAAAUGGAGACCAAAAGUUGAACGCAGAAGUGACAGAGAAGGCAGGCCUUGGAGUAUGGAUGAGGCACUGUGGUUGGCUGGGGGAGCACCUAGUGAAGGGAGAGGAGAUUGGGGAUCAAAUUGUCCAGUUGAUGCAGGAUAAAACAUUGAGGAUAAAGGCAAAGAAGGUGAAGGAAGAAACUAGGAAGGCCUACGAAGUUGGUGGGAGUUCUAAGAAAGUGCUUCUGGAAAUCAUAGAAAAUCUUUGA